AAUAUCUAUACGAAACUCUGGUUUCCGAGAGUGGAAGGACUGUACCUGUACGUACGUGCAUAACGUAUGCAUCAAAGAUAUCCGAACUCUUCGCAGGUCGCUAUUCAAUCUGUAUACACUGCAGUGCAGUAGUGUGCAUAUAUGCAUGAGAAGGCUGAAGCUAAAAAAGUAGUCGGCUAAGCUGUGUGUGAUCUGAGACGAUAGAAAUUAGCAGCGAACUUACUUUUUUCCCCCAAUUACCAAUGAAAUAAACAUUACAAAAUAUGGAUUCUGCACCGCCAGUUGACACAGUGGCCGCAGCCAUUCAUGCAUUAUACCACAAUCCUGAUGCUGCAGAAAAAGAGAGAGCUUCGAUGUGGUUGCAAGAAUUUCAGAGAUCGUUGUUUUCUUGGGAGAUUUCAGACCAGUUACUCCAGAUGAAGAGGGAUGUAGAAACUUGUUACUUUGCUGCACAGACAAUGAGAACCAAGAUCCAAUAUUCUUUUCACGAGCUCCCUGGGCAAUCCCACGAGAUGCUGAGGGACUCCCUGAUCAAUCACAUGCAGACGAUGAGCGAUCCAAAGUUCCAUGUGAUCACCACGCAGCUCUGUCUCGCCCUGGCUGACCUGGCCCUGCAGAUGACGCAGUGGAAGAACUCGGCCUCGUUUCUCAUUCACAGGUUUUACAGCUCCAAUGCAACACACAUGCCCUUACUCAUCGAGCUUCUGACGGUCCUACCAGAAGAAGUGGACAGUCACUCCCUCAGGCUGGGUCUCAACAGGAGAGAAGAGUUCAGGGUAGAGCUGGGCGAGGCUGCCCCCACCGUCAUUAACCUGCUGACCGCUUGCUCAGAGAACUACCUGAACGACCAGAGGUUACUUGGGAAGAUCUUCAAGUGCCUGGCGAGCUGGUUCUACAUCCGGGUGUGUCCAAGCGAGGAGAUGUCACAGAGCAAGAUUAUAGUACUCCUCUUCGAGCUUCUGAAAAAGUCGGACACGCCGUCCAUGCUCCACGAGGCUACGAGCGACUGCCUGUGUGCUGCCCUCUACAGUAUGGAGGACGUAGAGGAGCAUCUGCCGCUAGCCAAGGUUCUCUAUCAAGGCAUUAAUCUCCUUCCAGAGGCAUACACAAUGGCCGUUGCAGAGGAAGAUGUUGACAAAUGUAUCAAUUAUUGUCGGAUAUUCACUGAGCUAGCAGAAGCUUUCAUGGAAAUGAUGGUGGAGACGCCAAACCAGGCAUUUGGGGAUCUAAGAACGCUGGAUGCCGUGCUGACCUGUGUCGGCCAUCCGCAGAGCGAGGUGGCGGAGAUCACUUUCAACUUCUGGUACCGACUGUCGGAAAUCAUCUACAAGAGGGACAGCAGGGAACUCACAGACUUAUACCGACCCUACAUUGAAAGGCUUAUCCAUUCACUGAGCGUGCAUUGCCAAAUAGACACAGAACACGAAGGAAUACCGGAUGAAAGUGAUGAUUUUGGUGACUUCAGAGUGAGAGUGUCGGAGCUUAUCAAAGAUGUCAUCUUCAUCGUUGGUUCCUCCUCAUGCUUUGCUCAAAUGUUUCACAAUCUCGCCAGUCAGCAAGGUGCAUCAUGGGAAGUCACAGAGGCUGCCCUCUUCAUCAUGAGUUCUGUCGCAAAGAACGUCCUGCCAGACGAAACUACAGUGGUCCCCCAGGUGAUGCAGGCCAUCAUCAGUCUCCCAGAGGGAACCCACAGAGCGGUCAGGUACACGAGCACCAGGAUACUAGGAGAGCUUGCUGAAUGGAUAGAGAAACAUCCAGAUUACCUAGACCCUGUCCUUAACUUCUUAAUGACUGGACUGCGUGACGAGGAGCUUGCUUCAGUCUCUGGCAAGUCCAUACAGAGCAUCUGUUCAACAUGCCAAGACCACUUACAGGGCCAUCUGGAGUGCCUUCUGAAUAUAGCCCAGGCUGUAGAUGCUUUCAAUCUGUCAGGAGAGUCUGCGUUGGGAAUCAUUAAGGGUACAGCCCUGGUGUUGGCCAGGAUGCCUUUAGACAAGGUCCAAGAUGGUCUAAAGAGAUUGGUCCUGGUCCAAGUUACGUCUCUGUCACAGAUCGUGAAAGGUGAAGCUUCAUCAAAACAAGGUGCUUCAACAGAUCCGGUGGUGUGGCUAGACAGACUGGCUACUAUAUUCAGGCACACCAAUCCUCAAAUCACCAACGGCCAAGUCCACCCCUGUCUCGUCGUCCUGCAGGAGAUCUGGCCCGUCCUGUCGGAGACGUGCACCAAGUACCAGGCUGACAUCAGGGUCAUCGAGAGGUACUGCAGGUGCCUAAGGUUCGCCAUCCGCUGCAUCGGCAAGUCAGCGGCUGCUCUACUUACGCCGUUAGUCACCCAGAUGGUGGGUUUCUACCAAAGUCAUAUGCACUCCUGCUACUUGUAUCUAGGCAGUAUAUUAGUUGACGAGUAUGGCCGAGAACCUUCCUGUGUUCCAGGAUUGAUUGACAUGCUCCAGGCCUUUAUGGGUCCAACCUAUACAAUCCUCCAAGAACCAAACGGACUAAGGAGCCAUCCCGACACAGUAGACGACUUCUUCAGGUUAUGCACGAGGUUACUUCAAAGAUGCCCCCUAGGAAUCCUCCAGUCUCCCGCUAUGCAAUCAAUUCUACCCUGUGCCAUUGCAGCCAUCACUCUGGAUCACAGAGAGGCCAACGCGUCUGUCAUGAAGUUCUUCACGGAGGUCAUCCAAUGUGCAACAGCAAAAUGGGAGGCUGAAGACUUCGAGAGAAGGAAAGCUGCUGUGAACAGCAUCUUUCAGGAAUACGGUGAGCCGCUCACCAAGGCCAUGAUAGAAGCCUGUUCCUUCUACCUACCAGCCUACCGUAUGCCAGACCACGGAGAAGUCAUCUUCCACCUGCUGCAGUAUGAUAGAGAGAGUCUAUCAAAAUGGCUCGAGGCAGCUUUACAGGGACUCCCAACUGAGACGGCAGGGCGUGUUACAGCUACACCUAAACAGCUCAGUGACUUCCACAAAGAACUUUGCAGUGCCGAGGAAGAGAAGAUCGUCUGCUAUGCCUUACGAGAUUUCACACGCCUCUACAGAUAGCCGUCACGUUGUCAUUGUAGUGGGACAUACAAGGCAAUGUUACAAUUUUUAACCAUUUUUUUUUAAAUACAACAUAUUCUUAAAUCUCAUUGCAAGUGAUACUAUGUACCAACCAAUAAUGUCUUUGAAAAGAACUCUUGAAUUAUGUUCGAACAGAGACGCUUUUUCUUAAUCUUACUGAUAUCUGCCCAUUUAUUAUUGAUCAGUGUUAAUGAGUUGUUAAAAGUUGAAUCAGUUUUAUUUCUAUUUUUCUGGACCCCAUUGCAUGAAACCUACCACUAAUGGUAUUUAUGUCAACUAUGUUACCAUGGCAACAUCUCUCAACAGCCAUUCAAAUCAAAGCUUCCAUGGAAGUUGCCAUUAAUGGCAAAAUUACAAUUAAUGGUAAGUUUUAUACAACAGGUCCGUGGUAUUUUAAGUUUUUUUUAAAAUAGUGUAUACAUGUACAUGUGUGUGAGGCUUACAAGUUUCAAACUGACUGCAGCAUCUAUUCGCGACCUUCUCACAAGAUUUGUCAAGAAUUUGAAACCAUUGUUAUGUCACGUCAGAUUGUUCUACAAGAUAUACUUUUUUUGUGUGUGGGAAGGCACAUCUAAAGUCAUCCAGGAGUCUGUUAAUCUUACAUCCUUUCUUACAAGCACUGCUGAUGUACAUUAGCUCAUAUGGACUGCUUUAUAAAUAUGAAGAGAGUUUAUCUUGAAUAUGAAGUCUUUUUAUAGAAGUUUUAAUGAAAUUGUCGAGCAGUUAUCAGAGAAAAUGUGAUUAAACGUUGAAUCUUGAUGUAGGAAUUUUUAACAAAAUGUGAAUCAAGAUGACCACUCAAGGAUGGUAGUUUGAAGGCUUUGAUUAAUAAUGAUUGCAUUAAACGCGGUCACAAGUAAAGGUUAUGUACAGGUACUGCCAUUGCAAAAUAAUACCAGAACCUAAAAUUUUUCUUAAACGGUUCUUUAUGAAGACAUUCUAAGUACGGACAAUCGUGUACCAAGAAGUUUUGGAAUCAUCAUCUUGGCAGUAAAGGUUAUGUAGUGUCAUUGCAAAAUAAUACCAAAAACGAGAAUGUUUCUUAAACAGUUCAUUAUGAAGACAUUCUUGGCGGUGUUUUGCUGAAAAUCAGAGAAAAGGGAAAGUACUUGCCACAAGUGUGGGUAUAUGGGAAUACAUAGUUAUGACAUCAUUGUUUUCCCACUGUUUGAAAGCUAUUUUAGUCACGUGUGAAAGACCAGAAAAUAUCAAGAGCAAAAUGUGGCAUUGCUUCUGUCAUAGCCUUUUACAUCGUAAUCAAGAGGACAAGAAAGUCAGCAUACAUUUUUUUU